AGUAAUUCGAACCAAGAUAGCUAUCGAGAAUCUCAACCUAUACGAAAAAUAAAGGGGGAGCGUCAAACCAAGCCCACCGAGACCACCGAAAACGAUACCCUUGUUGAAAUAUAGAGGCCAAGCUUCUUACUCAGAUCGACUCUUCUAAGCGGCAACGAUGUGCUAUUUCGAACAAACGCGUUGGAUGUGCGGGUACUGGCGAUGGGGCCACUUCCGUCAACAAUGUACGAAGGAGUAUCGAACCGGAGAGACAUGCGGACUGAAGCUGGUGUAUUCUACGAAUCAAGAGCAGGAUAACUGUAAACUCUGCAAAGACAUCGAGAAGAAACAACGAAAGUAUAACAAACUCUCCAACGACAUCUUACGGUGGGAACGAGAAGGGAACCGAACCGCAACGAUCGAGAAAGCCCAAAAGGAUAUAGGAGAAGUCGACGAGGCGAUCCAAGUAAUGUGCCAAAAACAUCAUGACAGGCAAUACUCGGUGGUAUAGGGGUUUGUGUGGCCAGCGGAAUAACUCGAAGAGGAGGGUUAGCACGACUGCUUAUGAUCAGUAGAUUUCUUUUGUCACGGGUCUAUGGGGACAACCGAGAAAGGCGGGAGAGGUUAAUUUCAAAACUUGGAACCGGCAUCUAGGGGAAGACGUGUCUUCUGGAUUAGCAUUACUGACGCUGGAAAGCCGGUCUUUUGUACGUUGUACGGGAUGCGAAUUGUUUGAACUAAAUGUACUAGAGAGGUCUUUUGUGAUUCCCAAACUUCAGUACUCGGUCCGGUUUUAGAAGGAUUUUAUGCGUGACCGAUGCUCGGAAGAGUCCUAUUGGGGCCUAUCUUUUCCUGUAUUCGCUCUUACGACGAAUGAUUUAACCCUCGGCCGGAUGUUUUGUCACGGACAUCUGAAUUGAUUGAUG